AUGGCCGACGACGAGGAGCGCGUCAAGGCUGAGAAGCUUGCCGCCGCCAAAAAGAGAGUAGCGCAACUCCAGAAACAAAAGAAAAAGGCCAACAAAAAGAGUACCGCGGGUACCGACACACUAAAGGAGUCUGAAUCACCAAAAGAUGCAGGGACCCCUAGCGAAGCCGCCACCCCCGCGGAAGAGACUCCGGUAGCAGAGAAACAAGAUGAACCCGAGUCAGCAGGAAGGGAGAAGUCGGAAGAGCCCGAGUCUCAACAUGAGCCCGAGCAGCAAGCAGAAUCACCGUCCGAGCCCAUGCCCGAAGCUCCAACCUCUCCAGGAUCCGACGUUGACGCUCAGCCGGCCAAAUUAGACGCUACCCCGCGCGCCGGCCAUGGUCGACAACCGUCCCUCUCGAUCCAGUCCAAGAUGCGGUCAUCUUCGUUCCGCAAAAGUUCCGUUUCCCAGGGGAGCGUUUCCCCGUCACCUGCUGCAGCACUCAAGUCGCCCUCGCUACCUCCCUUGACGGCCGAUGGCGAUUCCGUCCAGGAAGUGUACCGUAAACAAUCGACGCGGAUUGAAGAGCUGGAAAAGGAUAAUAAACGACUGGAGAAGGAGCUGGAGGAAGGAACUGGAAGGUGGAAGAAGACGGAGGAUCAACUAGAGGACCUCCGGGAGGCCAGUGUUGACAUUGCCGAAUUGAAGGAUAAGCUGGAAAAGGCAGAGCAAAAGGCAGCGGAUAUAGAUGCAUUGAAAGACGAAAUUGCUUCCCUUCAACGACAGAAUUCACACCUGCAAACACGGUCACAUCGCAACACAGGCCCAUCAGAAUCGCCACCCGCAGAUCUUGUACAGCAAUUGGAAUCUAAGGCUGCCACCAUUGAGUCUAUGGAACUGGAGAUCUCCGACCUACGCGCCCAGCUCUCCUCCCAGUCCACAUCGAGCAGUGCUCAUGAGUCACAGAUAGCAGCUCUUGAGGAGAAGCUUUCCAACAGUGAAGCAGCUCUUGAGAAGUCUCAACAGGAACUGUCAGAUAGCAAGAAUGCACUGACACGAGCCUCUGAGAAAGCAGUCAAGGAAGGCGUGGAUAAGACCUCUACAGAGACUUUGAUCAAUAACCUGAAGCGGGAGGUUGAAGAGCUGAAGGAAGGAAAGACCGAGUCUGAGAAGAAAACUGAUACACUAGAGAAGAAGCUCCAGGCACUAGGAAAUCUACACAAAGAAUCCGAGUCACGCCACCAGGCCCGACUCCGGGAAAGCGAAAAGACAGAGAAAGAAGCUGCAGUCCUCCGCAAGAGACUAGCAAACCUGGAAAAUGAGAACCUUCGACUCAAGGAAGAGCGAGACCGGGUUAGCAAGCGCGACGCGACCGGCGCGGACGAUGAAGGCCUAGAUGAACUCGAGGACGAAGAGCGAUCUCGACUUGAGCGUCGGAUUCGCGAACUUGAGGGUGAGAACUUUGAUCUCCGCCGUGGGGUGUGGCAGGAGAAGCGACACGAGCUUUCCGGUGAUAACAAUGGUGUCAACUCCCCAGAUGCCGCCAACCCGGCUGCUAACGCAUUUGACGACGUUGAUCUGGUCGGUGGUACUGGUGACCACUCUCGACGACGCAGUCUGGCCCAGCAACAACACUCGUCCUUUUCGACUGUACUAUCCAGCGGAUUUGCCGCGUUCACUGGUGGCAAUGCUGGUCGUGGCCGUGCAUCGUCGAACCAACAACAUCCACCUGCUACCCGGGGUAGUCUGGAGCUACUCUCGGAAGAGAACCUCGAUGACGAGUUCGACGAGGCAGAAUUUGCCCGCGCACAGGCGGAAGAAGAAGCUCGGAAGCGCGUCGAAUGGGUCCGAGAAAUCAAGCGGAAGCUCAAGGAUUGGAAUGGCUGGCGAUUGGAUUUGGUUGACAGCCGAGCUGGCGCUGAAGGAGCUGGUGUGGGUAUGGGCGAAAUCUUCGAGGUUUGA